AUGGUCGGUCUCUCCAAGCAUAUGUGCAGCCUCUGGCUGGUUACUGUUGCUCAUUGCUUGACCCUUCCUACUGCGACCAAGACCUCCGCGAGUUCUCAGUACGCCAUUCCCUCUUCGGCCUCCAACGGCCAGAACGUGCUUGCCAACAUUGAGGAUCCCGAAGCUGUUGAUGCGCAAGGGGUCUGCCCGGGCUACAAGGCGUCGGGUGUCCGCCAAACCAGGUCCGGUCUAACUGCCACUCUCGAGCUGGCUGGGAAGGCAUGCAACGUUUACGGAACAGACUUGGAUCGUUUGAAUUUCACGGUUGAGUACCAGGCGGUCGAUCGCGUCAACGUUCAAAUUAUGCCGGCUAAUAUUGAUACCUCCAACUCCUCUUGGUAUAUUCUUCCGGAAAGCCUGGUUCCCAAGCCCAAAGCUGCGGGAGGUAUGUCACUGGGCAGCAGUGACCUAGAGAUUGCCUGGUCUAAUGAGCCCACUUUCAAUUUUAAAGUGACUCGGAUGGCAACCGGUGACGUGCUCUUUAACACUGAGGGCAGCGUCCUGGUGUUUGAGGAUCAAUUCCUGGAGUUCAAGUCCUCCCUACCGGAUGACUACAACCUCUACGGUCUGGGCGAGCACAUUACCAGUUUUAGACUGCACAACAACCUGACCUUGACCACCUACGCGGUGGAUAUUGGUGACCCCUUUAGUACGAACCUGUAUGGCGCCCAUCCCUUCUACCUUGAGACUCGAUACUAUGAAGUUGGCUCGGGUAACCGGACGUAUACCCCAGUCUCAAGCAGCACUACCGAUCGCUCCAAAAAGUACACUUCAUUCUCACACGGAGUGUACCUGUGGAACGCACAUGGGCAGGAGGUGAAGCUACAGCCAGACAGCCUGACUUGGCGCGCCAUCGGUGGCAGUAUUGAUCUCUACUUCUAUGCCAAUCCUUCUCAGGCUGCUGUAACCCAGAAUUAUCAGGUCAGCACCAUUGGAUUACCUGCCAUGCAACAAUACCCCACUCUUGGCUAUCAUCAGUCUCGCUGGGGAUAUCGUAAUUGGGCGGAGCUCGAAGAAGUUGUGGACAAUUUCGAGAAGUUCAAGAUUCCGUUGGAGACUAUCUGGGCUGAUAUCGACUAUAUGAACCAGUACCGCAACUUUGAAAACGACCAGAACACUUUCGGGUACAAAGAGGGUAGGAAAUUCUUGAACAAACUGCACAAGAGCGGCCGCCACUAUGUGCCUAUUCUCGAUACCGGUAUCUACGUGCCAAACUCUGAGAAUGCUUCCGAUGCUUAUGAUACCUAUAUCAGGGGUACAGCGGAUGAUGUCUGGCUCAAGAACCCGGACAGCAGUCUGUAUAUCGGCUCUGUGUGGCCUGGAUACACCGUUUUCACGGAUUUCCUUCAUCCCAAAGCGGUGGACUUUUGGGCUAACGAACUGGUCAAAUACCAUGAGAGGGUAGCCUUUGACGGCGUCUGGAUGGAUAUGAACGAGGCUUCUUCAUUCUGCGUGGGCAGCUGCGGGUCUAACCUCAGUACUCACAAUCCUGCCCAUCCCCCUUUCAAGCUACCCGGUGAUCCCGGAUAUCUUCUGUUCGACUAUCCUGAAGGAUUCAACAUCACAAACGCUACGGAAGCCGCCUCAGCAUCGGCAGCUGCUUCAAGCCAGGACGCGGCCAAUUCUGCUACUCAAGGCCCUGCCACGUCCACGGCGAUCACCUAUCUACGUACAACUCCUACUCCUGGUGUCCGCAAUAUCAACUACCCGCCUUACGCGAUAAAUAACGUCCAAUCCGGCCACGACCUGGCAGCCCAUGCCAUCUCCCCCAACGCCAGCCACGUCGAUGGAACUCUCGAAUACGACGUCCACAACCUGUACGGGCACCAAGUCAUCAACGCGACUUACCAAGGGCUCCUAGCCAUCAGUCCAAACAAACGCCCCUUCAUUAUCGGCCGCUCAACUUUCGCAGGCUCCGGCCAAUGGGCUGGCCACUGGGGCGGCGACAACUACGCCAAAUGGGCAUAUAUGUACUCAUCCAUCCCCCACGCCCUCUCCUUCUCGUUGUACGGAAUUCAUGAACUCUGCAACCGGUGGAUGCAGCUCUCCGCUUUUUUCCCGUUCUACCGCAACCACAACCGGCUGGCUGCUAUCCCGCAAGAACCAUACCGCUGGGCCUCGGUCAUCAAGGCCUCGCAAGACGCAAUGAAGAUCCGUUAUUCUAUUCUCCCGUAUAUGUACACGUUGAUGUAUCAGGCUCACGCCACGGGUUCGACGGUCAUGCGCGCUCUGGCAUGGGAGUUCCCAGAUGAUCCGUCUCUGUCGGCCGUGGAGACGCAGUUCCUGCUCGGUCCGGCCUUAAUGAUUAUUCCCGUUUUAGUGCCACAAGCGAAUGCAGUUAAGGGAGUCUUCCCUGGUCUGGCGCACGGCGAGAAGUGGUAUGACUGGUACACGCAGCGUGAGGUGCUUUAUGCCCAGCCGGGGAAGAACACGACCAUCCCGGCGCCGCUGGGGCAUAUCCCGGUAUUUGUUCGGGGCGGGCAUGUCAUUCCAAUGCAGAAGCCGGCGCUGACAACACGCGAGGCGAGGAAUACGCCAUGGUCUUUGCUGGUUGCGCUGGAUGACAAGGGGGAUGCGGCAGGCCAGCUUUACCUGGAUGAUGGGGAGAGUAUUAGUCCGGAGGAAACUCUUACUGUCAAUUUAGCUGCCUCGUCCGGUACGAAGCUGGUUGCAUCUGUCGCUGGUUGUUGGAAAGAACGGAAUAAUAUGGACAAGGUGACAGUUUUGGGCGUCAAGAAGGCGCCAUCGCAGAUCAGGUUCAAUGGCCAGAAGGUCAAAUCUGCUGUGUACAAUGCCACUUCUCAAGUCCUCUCAAUUCACGGUCUGCAUGAGAUGACCAGGAAGGGAGCAUGGGAGAAGGGAUGGGUGUUGGCAUGGUGA